AUGACGGAAGGCUCGCACGAGCCAGAGGUUGUCAAGGCCAUGAAGGCUUUGAUUCAGCGCACAAAGCUGAUUCAAGAGACGGCAGGGCGCAUGAGGGUCUGGUGCAAAGAGAGGUUCACCGCAGACCGCUGGCUUGACGAGAAUGAACGGGAGUGGUACGCCCUCGAUCGGCUGUGCCGCUCGAGGCCAUGGGCCACCAAUCGAGACAAGGCAUUUCCUUAUCCCUUCCGAGAUGCCACGAGACAGAUGAUCAAAGUGGAGGGUGAGUGGGUCGGCGGGAGUCGACCUGACGCGCCGUCGACGGAGGCUCGCCGGCGCGGGAUCGAUUGCGAGGUCACCAGUCAGCUCAACUGCCCGCCUCACUUUCCUCCUGAACAUCGUGUCCUGCUUUUCGCGCCCGAGUUCGGAAGCGACCGCUCCUUCGACGUGGACACGUGGAGUUUCAUAGAACCAGAUGAUCAAGUCGAUCUGUCCGUGGUAUGUUGGAAAGGUUGGUCAAACUUCGAUGUGAUGAUCAAGCAGGUGCUGGAGAAGGUUCUCUCCUUCGCAGAUGGUGUAAACACUGUCUGGUUUGGGCAAGGUAUGGGCGCCAUUGUUGCCUAUGAACUGCUCAAGCUGCUAGAGAUCCAACAAAUUCAGACUCCAAACCUGCCUGUCGCAUUGGUCGUUUCCGAUUGUCCUGCACCACACUUGUUUACUGACGCGUACCGGCCGUACGAUCACGAAAGCUGGUCUGGGCAGGUGUCCCAAUAUUCCGCCGAAAGGCAGCGAGAAAUUGAGGAGGUUGUGGCGAUGAUGAAGUCGUACAGGUUCAGCCACCGGAACAGCCGGAGACUUCUGGUGCCCGUGGCUGCCUGCUAUCACGCAGGGAAGAGCUUGUUCGACACGACGUCAGUUCAGGCCUGGGCCGACUACAGCCAAGAAGGUGGUUUCAGCCACAUUGACUUGGGCGAAUGCGAGGAGCAAGACUGGUAUUUGGACGGCUUGGGGCCAGCGCUAAAUCCCGAUCCAGCUCUUUUGAGCACGAUUAGCAGGAUGUGCUGCGAGUUCAGUCGCUGGAAGGAUGCGGAGUAUCCGGACAUUGGACCUUUGGAAGGACCAAUUCCCGAACAGGUGGACUGCGUGAUUGUCGGCGCAGGAAUUGCCGGCAUUUAUCAGGCCAAAGUAAUGAAUGAGCAGGGCAAGUCCAUGGUAAUCUUCGACAGAUAUCACAUGAUUGGUGGUGUCUGGGAGUUCUAUGGUAAUGAAUAUUCUCGGGUUAACACGUCGGAAAUCGGAUAUCGCGUUCUGGACAAAAAGGGCACGUGGACGCGACCGAAUGAGGACCACACUCCACGGAGAGACAUCAUGCGCGACAUCUAUGAGAUCGCAGGCAACCACGCCUACGGGAAGAUCCGCUGCAAAACGGAUGUUACCAAGGUCGAAAAGCAGUUGGAUGGAACAUACCUAGUGCACGUGACAUCUCUGGCUGAUGGCACACAGCAUCUCGUAAAGGCAAAGUCCGUUAGCUUCCAAGUCAACCGGCGCAUUGGUAAGCGCCGCAUCGUGGACUGGCAGGACUCUGAGAAGUUCAAGGGCAUCAUCUGCUAUGGUUAUGGCAAUGAGCCCAAAGACAUUGACUUUUGGAACAAGCGUGUUCUGGUUAUCGGAGCUGGCGCAUUUGCCUUUGAAAACGUGCGGACGUCCAUUGAGCAUGGAGCACGGCACGUGACAUUGCUCGGGAGGCGUGAUGGGACCACGUGCCCAAAGUGGAUUGAUAUGCUUGCCUUUCUUCGCCCACUCGAUAGUUCAAUGCAAACGAACAAGGCCGGAAACAUGAUCAGCUUUGAAGUGUGGCGGAAGUGCUAUGAGGAUGCAGGCGUAAGAACCCCAGGAUGCUGGUCAGAGGGGUUGUUGAAACCGCAUAAUCACACCAUCUCCGUGUCGGACCUCGCCUUCGUUGGAGGGUAUCAUGGCUUGGUCGACUUGAGAGUUGGCGAGAUUUCUCGAAUUCGUCAGGAUGGAAGAGGCGUCCAGUUGAAGGACGGGUCGGAGAUCGAUGUUGAUAUCAUCAUCAAGUGUACCGGCUUCCAUCUCAAUGACGAAGUUCCGCAGGUCGUGGGCAGCUCGAUGAUGCAGUCAUACGGGCUCAUUGACUACAACCUCAACUACCAGGCCGAGCCCCUCCUCGACCAGGGGCAGUUUGGCAGCGCCAAGUCGACGGAUGGUGAAGCCGAAAACCCUGCCAUGAAAGAACUCAUGGAAUUAUACCACACGAAGGAGUUCGCCAGGGGCCUGGAGAUUUAUCGACGCAUUGGCCUGGAUGAGGAGCCGUUGAAGCCCCAGGGCAACCCAUUCGGCUCAGGCCAAGGUGGCCCCAUCGAUUGUCUCUCGUACUACUUUGCCUGGCUGGUGGAUCAUCCAGAAGAACAGGCGGCCCUGCUGAAGCACGGCGGGCCCCCUUCACAGGAGAUGGUGAAGUUGUGGUCCAGCGCGAUUGGCCAGAACAAUUCUACAACACUUUUGAGGCUCAUCUGCGCGUUGGCAGAGCUGGAGGCUGACCACAAGGAAGUGAGCCGAACUGCGCUGUUGUUUCCAGGGCAGGGCUCGCAAUAUGUCGGAAUGCUUUCCAAAUGCAAAGACAAGCCGAGUGUGCGGAGCAUGAUCGCAUCAGCGAAUGCAAUCCUGGGCUACGACCUCUUGGAGGUAUGUCUCCAAGGGCCAGAAGCGAAGCUGGAGGAGACUAGCGUGUGUCAACCAGCCAUGUUCUUGGCAGGCAUGGCGGCUCUGGAAGUCUUACGAGAAACUCGCCCCGAAGCCGCGGACAAACCACAAGCUGUGGCUGGCCUUUCGCUUGGGGAAUACUGCGCUCUCUGUGCUGCUGGAGUCCUGGAGUUCGAGGAUGCGAUGAAGCUCGUCAUGAUCAGAGGAGCUGCCAUGGCGGAGGCUGCAGCAGCUCGGCCACAGGCCAUGCUGUCCAUCGCUGGCCUGAGUGAAGAUGUCGUCACUGAACUGUGCAAGCGUUCGCUGCAAGCAACGCACGCGGAGGGUGGAGUCUGUCAGAUCGCGAAUGUACUGUUCAAGAAAGGGUUCGCCUGCGCGGGAACCAAAGAGGCAAUGGAGAAGUUGAAGGAGGCUGCUGAGAAGGAGAAGGCAAUGCAGGCCAAGCUCAUUAAGACAUCAGGAGGAUUUCACACAGAAUUGAUGCAACCAGCGAAGAAGACUCUUGAUGCGGCUUUGGAAAGCAUUGCUUCCAGAAUGAAGCCGCCCCGCUGCGAUGUGUACAUGAACGCGACUGGACAGAAAGUGGCAGCCGGCACCCCUCCCCAGGAGAUUGUGCCGCUCUUGUCCAAGCAGCUUUGUUCCCGAGUGCUUUGGGAGCCGAGUGUACAAAGGAUGAUCGACGAUGGAAUUGAAGAGUUUUAUGAAGUCGGUCCUGACAAACAGUUGAAGGCAAUGAUGAAACGGAUCGAUCAAAGCGCGUGGAGCUGCACGACGAACGUGGACGUCUGA